AUGCAACUACAUCUUGAAAAACUCUUAUCUAUGAGCUCAUCUAAGCACUGUACACCAUGCUCAUCGUUGCGAACCGAUGCUAAUCUAUCUUGGUUAUUACCCAUGAUGGCCAGCAUAGAAUUCAAGCUCAUCAAGUCAUUUUUCAGCAGCUAUUUCCUGAGAUUGUUGGUCCAAUCUUCUCUCAUCACAUCAUUGUCUUCCCUCUUGUUUGAUACAAAACAUAUGAGCUCGCUGCGAAGCUUUCCAACUCAUCGGCUUCAAUUCCCCAACCUACUUCUGCUUGUACGCAUCAUUCUAUGCCUCAUUUUAAAUACCGAAGUUCUGUUCAAAUCUUCUUUGCUUCCCCAUCAAUUCAUGUGCUAUCUACGUGAUGAUGUACUUCCAUUGCUGAAUAAUCGAAAUUUUGCGGUCUCGUCGCACAUGCCGGAUGCCAGUGGAGGAAAAAAGCUUGAACAGAGAGGAGGACAUGUAGAAAGAGGAGGAGACAACGGUGAAAUCAAAAGCGGCAACUAA